AGCGGCGCCCCUCGCUCGCUGCCCUCUCUCCCUCGCUGGGUCUGUCGGCGGCAGUCGUGGGAGAGCGACGGCGGGUGCUGCAACAUGGCGGGCGUGGAGCAAGGGGGCAGCCCCGAGGAGGAGAAGCACCUGAACGGAGAGCUGCUUCUGGAUCCCGAGGAGAGAGAAGGCGCGGUGGGGCCCGGCGCUGACGAAGGCACCAAGAAGAAGCGCAAGAAGAAGAAGAAGAGCAAAGGCGCCGUCGCGGGACAACAGGAAGCUGAAAGAGAAUCAGAGACGACACUUGAUGAGAUAUCAAAACAGAUGGAUAAACAAACACUGGAUGAAAAAGAAAAAGAUGAAGAUGAAGAGGAUGGUGAUGGUGAAGGUGAUAAUGCAGCAGGGAAGAAGAAGAAGAAAAAGAAAAAGAAGAAAGGACCUAAAGUCCAGACAGAUCCUCCAUCUAUUCCAAUAUGUGAUUUGUUUCCCAGUGCUACAUAUCCCAAAGGUGAAGAGUGUGAGUAUCCACCAACACAAGAUGGUCGAACUGCUGCUUGGAGAACCACAAGUGAUGAAAAGAGAGCACUAGAUCAAGCAAGUGAAGAGAUCUGGAAUGAUUUCAGAGAAGCUGCUGAAGCACAUAGACAAGUGAGGAAAUAUGUUAUGAGCUGGAUCAAGCCUGGAAUGACAAUGAUAGAAAUCUGUGAAAAACUAGAAGACUGUUCUCGGAAGUUGAUCAAAGAGAAUGGCUUAAAUGCUGGGCUUGCAUUUCCUACGGGGUGUUCUCUGAAUAACUGUGCAGCCCACUACACUCCCAAUGCUGGAGAUCCAACUGUAUUGCAGUAUGAUGAUAUCUGCAAGAUAGAUUUUGGAACACAUGUUAGUGGUCGUAUCAUUGACUGUGCUUUUACUGUCACAUUCAAUCCAAAAUAUGACAGACUCUUACAAGCUGUAAAAGAUGCAACAAAUACUGGAAUAAAGUGUGCUGGAAUAGAUGUUCGCCUUUGUGAUGUUGGUGAAUCUAUUCAAGAAGUCAUGGAGUCUUAUGAAGUUGAAAUUGAUGGCAAAACGUAUCAAGUGAAACCAAUUCGCAACCUGAAUGGACACUCUAUUGGACCAUACAGGAUACAUGCAGGCAAAACUGUUCCCAUUGUGAAAGGAGGAGAAGCAACAAGAAUGGAAGAGGGAGAAGUAUAUGCUAUAGAAACCUUUGGUAGCACAGGAAAAGGUGUUGUACAUGAUGAUAUGGAAUGUUCUCAUUAUAUGAAGAACUUUGAUGUUGGACAUGUGCCAAUAAGGCUUCCAAGAGCUAAACACUUGCUGAAUGUUAUCAAUGAAAACUUUGGCACCCUUGCCUUCUGUCGCAGAUGGCUAGAUCGUCUGGGCGAAAGUAAAUAUCUAAUGGCUCUGAAGAACCUGUGUGACUUGGGUAUAGUGGAUCCAUACCCUCCCCUGUGUGAUAUUAAAGGCUCCUACACAGCACAGUUUGAGCAUACCAUAUUAUUGCGUCCAACAUGCAAAGAAGUUGUCAGCAGAGGCGAUGACUAUUAAACUUCAAGGCCAUUACCUCACCUAUGUACUCUGUUGGAACACAUAAUCCCAGAAUAAAUUUGCAGUCUGUUUUAACAGUGGACCCAAUGUGAUAACUUUCCAUAUUUGGAAGAGAGGAAUUUAAUCAAAGGCAAGUUCUCUAAUGUAACUAACCAAGGAAAAACAGCUUUGGGGGCCUCUAGAAUAUUUCAGGUUACUUCUAUAUUUUUCUUUUAUGGGAAAUAUGCUAUAAAGCACCAUUUUUAGUUUGGAAUGAGUUAUACAUAUUGUUUGGAAUAUUUCUGAGAGAAGGCUUUUCAGAUAUUUAUAUUACCAUAUUCUUACUUGAAUGCUUCGAAUGACUUCACCUGAUUUCUGCACCUAAGUUGUCUGGUAUUGCCUUUUAAACUUCCUGGAAUCCAUUUUGUAAAAAAAAUACAAAAUAAAGACAGAUUUUCAAAUCUAAAACCAAAUACGGUUUUUAAAAGUGUUACAGUCCUAAGUAGCAGUACAUUGGAAAAACAGACUUAUUAAAUCUUGUUUUCGAAAUAUGCUUGCUACAGUAUAUCUACUUACACUUGAAGCCAACGCAAGAUAUGGUCUUCCUAUAUGGCAUGAAGCUUGCCUUGUUUUGAGUCAUAAAGUUAUCAACUUUCUGAAAUGCAUCUGCUCUCACCCAUGGUAUACUGUGGCUUAGAUUGCAUAGACGGAAGGAACUUUUGAAUAGGGAGUCAGAGGUCUUGCUGCAAUUCUCUAAUGAUAAUCAUACUAGUCAGUAUUGGCGACUUACCAUCAUUUGAGCUUUUGGUUACAUUACUUACUUAAUGUAAGCCUGUAAGUAUUCCAGGUUUCAUUAGAAAUUUCUGCUAAUAAAAGCUUGAUACAUUAGGCUCUCUUCUCCUGUACUUGUGUAAUAGCAGUAGGGCUGAGGCUAAUCAAAAAGAAACAUCAGUCUCUUUCCUUUUCUACGACAUUGCUGUCCAUCAUUCUGUUCUUGGCAUUAAAAAGAUUUUAGUAA